AUGAAACGAUUUUUAAAUUAUUUACGAACCAAUCCUAUAAAAACUGUUGGUGAAAGAAAUGAAGUUGACAAUACAAUGAAUAUAAUUUUAUGGACCCAAGUAAUCUUUGGACUACAAAUAUUGAAUCCAAAAUGGACGUGGAAAACAUCUCUCUUACAGCAUUUCCUUAAUGGUUGCUUGAGUGUCUAUGUUGCAUGGGGAACAUACAACUUCAUAAAAAAAACUAAAGAUGUACAAUUCAUUGCUGAAGCGUCUUUCACUUUGAUACUAGUUUGCACUCGUAUAUUUAAAGGCUAUCUAUUUGCUAGCAAAAAAAACGUAUUUCAAAAGUUAUAUCUGAUAGCAAAAACGUAUAUUUUUCAUUUAUUAAAAGCAGAUAGCGCAGAUAGAACUGCGCUUGUUAUGGGAAAGAAAGCUAUUCAUAUGUUUUUUACAGUUCUAAUGAUACCUGUUGUUUUUUAUUCAUUGAUACCUAUGUUAUAUUACUUUAGAGGUAACAGAAUUCUUGUAUCUAACGUAACGUCAAUUCUUAUGCCGAUGUCGUCACCUUAUUAUGAAAUUGGAAGUAUUCUACAUAUAAUGUCUAUAUUUCAAAUAAGUUUUGUUAUACUUGUAGUAGACUUGUGGUUCGUGAUUUUGAUGUUAUUUUAUUGCAUGGCAUCUGAUAAAAUUGUUAAAAUAUUGGAAGUAGAAAAUAAAGGAUUAGAUGAAGAUAACAAACAAUAUGCCGAUCGAUUGAAUAAUAGUUUGAAGAAUUUUUAUGAAGUCCAUAUGAAUAUAAACGAAUUUUUAAAUAUUAUGAGCGAGAUGUACAGAUGGCUGGCGGUGGUUCCACUUUACAUGGUCGCACUAUGCACUUGUUGUAUUUUACUUCUAACGAGCAACAAAAUUAACUUGGCCUUCACUUCUACUGCGAUACCGUUGCUUUCUGAGAUCUUCGUGUUUAAUUGGUUUGGGGAACAAGUUAAAACUAAGGCCGAGAACCUUAAUUUGGCACUUUUACACUACGAUUGGAUCAGCAUGCAUCCGAAAGAUAUAAAAUGCUACCACAUAAUUUUAUGUUACAUGAAUAAGACCUUUAGUAUAAAAACAGCGUUUGGGAAUGAACUGUCACUUAUUACACUGACAUCUGUUCUCAAAGCAACUUACCAGGCGUUUACUGUUUUGCGAACUUUAGAUAAUAAUUAG